UACGACAUGACCGGGGAAAGGCGUGAAACUUCGAUGUCAUCCUUCGUCGCCCUUCACAUCGGCGCAGGAAUACAUCCGAAGAAGUCCGCAUAUGCCAGUCUCUGCAAAAACGUGUAUUGCAGCGAAAGAAGUCCUUAAUGGAGGAGGAUCGGCGCUGGAUGCCGUAACUGCCGCUGUGUCCAUCCUUGAAAACGCGAAACAUACCAAUGCUGGCUACGGAUCGAAUUUAAAUGCGGAGGGCAAAGUCCAGAUGGACGCCGCCCUGAUGGACUACUCCGGAUAUGCUGCUGUUGCAGCCGUCGAAAAUGUCAAAAACCCUGUUCAACUCGCUCAACGACUCCUAAAGAACAGGCAAAAUCCACUUCCAUACGGUCGAACGCAGCCCAACUUUCUUGUGGGAAGGAGUGCGACGGAAUGGGAUCAUGGAGUGGAGUUGGUGGAGCCUGAGUCGCUUAUCUCACAGUCAGCGCUGGAGGUGUGGCAGAAAUGGAAGGAGGUGAUAGAGCAUGGGCCUUUCAAUCCGGGAGAUUUGGGAGACUCGGGGGUGUCGGAUACGGUUGGAGCAGUCGCCAUGGAUUUGUCUGGGAAUUUGGCUGCGGCUUGUAGUUCGGGUGGGAUCGUGCACAAGCACGUCGGGCGAGUGGGACCAGCAGCCGUCGCGGGAAGCGGCUUAUGGGUUGAAGAUAAUGUCGCCGUCGUAUGCAGCGGAAACGGGGAAGAGAUUCUGGAUACGAUACUUGCGAGCAAGUGCGCUUCACGGCUCAAUCAUAUGGAGGGGGGUGUCUACGAGGAGGAGGCUGUGAAGCAAGUGAUGGAGCGAGACUUCCUCGGUUAGCGUCAAGUCCUGUCAUACACGCCCAGCUUUACUAACGAGUUCACUUU